UAGGAGGUGGGGGCUGGGCCACGACCCCCUUCCCUAACCGGCCCUCCAUACAAUUUCCGAAACCCGAUGCGGCCCUCAGGCCAAAAAGUUUGCCUGCCCCUGGACUAAAGGCUCGUCUACACUUGAAACGCUACAGUUCUCCCAUCGGCAUAAGUGAUCCAUCUCCCCGAGAGGUGGUAGCUAGGUCAACGGGAGGUAGUGCUGUCUACACCAGGGGUUAGGGCAGCAUAACUACGUUGCUCCGGGGGGGUGGGUUUUUCACACCCCUGAAUGAUGUAGCUGGAUCAACCUAAUCUUUUGCUGUAGACCGGGGUGGAGCUAGCAUGCUAAAAAGAGCAGUGUAGCCACAACGACGUGUAUCUCGGAGAGCGUUGUGCUCUGGUGGUUAGUCCAUGCCGCCGGCCACAUCCUAAAAAUAUUGCUUUAGCUCAAUGAGAGCUAGCCCAUGUACACCUCCCUGAGCUGGAAUGACACCUUCGCUGCAGUGUAGACGUCCCCUCGGCCAUAUCCAGGCGAAGCUGUUGCUUGGAUAUAAGCGAGAGCAGUCGUCUCGGUCUAGCAUCUUGCUGUAUCUGUGACUAGAGGAAACAAAGAUGCUCCAGAAGCAUCAAUAGCUUCAGCAGCCCAGGAUAGGUGCUCUUUCGUGCUAUCUAUUUUUUCCCGUGAACAUGACUCUGGAGGUCACUACAGGAUUUCCUGGGCAUUAUUUAGGGAUUAAAGAAAGAAGCAAUCAAAAUCCUUGGGAUAGGCUGCACCGCUUGUGGACUGGGUCCUCUAUGGACUAGAAGAACAGAAACCCUUUAUCCUUUAGAUAGGUCCUAAAGAGUGAGAGCUGCGAAGUGGCUUGGGGGCAAGUGGCAAAGCUCACCACUCUUUCUUGCUCUCUACUACUUCGUUAUAAUGGAGUGUAUUCCUCAGACUAUGGGAUCUUUAAUGUGGUGGGUUGGCUGGCAGGGGGCACCACUGGGGCUUGAAGAACAUUGGCAGACCAGAGCUCUGGAGGGAGCCCGAGACCACCACAGCCAGACUCUGCGCCCAACCACCCAAUGUGACUGAAGUGAACGCAGCAGCUGAGGGAUGUGCACUAAGGAUCACUGUGUAGCUGGAAUACUUAGAGGAGUAGAGUCAAGUCAAGUAGUGGUCAGUUAUUAGGCAUUAGUUCUACAUCUUGAUUUUGUAUAUGAGAAGGAAGCUUCUCCCUCAUCUCAUCCCCCAAGAGAGGUUGCACCCAAUGGGUUUUCAUUUACCCCUAUGGCAUAGGUGUUGCAGGAGCCAUUGAGCUGAAGGGGUGGGACUCAUGUUUGGGCAGCAAGGCAGGUGGCUGGAGAGGAAAGGACAAUUUUAAUCUCUGACUGGGGUCUCCAUAGGAACCACACUAGAGGAGUUGGCUGAGGAGAUAAGCUGAAUCAGUCCAUCUCCUGGAUGGUAGUGCCCAGUCCCCUGGGACUUGAUCCAUGCCAGGUAGACUAUCAACCUCCAAGGGCAUGGAGAUUGCGUUGCACUAGAAGAAUACGGUGGAACGUAGGCAAUGAAUCUAGGACAAUAUACUAGGCCUCCCUCAGUGGGGAAUAUACCAGAGCUCCUCACUUGAGGGCUCAAGUGUGUAAUCAAGAGAAGAAUUAUUUAUCCCCCCAUUCUUUGGAUGUAAUCGUUUUCUUUUCCUUAGACUAGUUUUGUGGCCUAGAGAUUUACCCCAGAGGAAGCAGCUAUGUUUGAGGAUUUUGUUUUGUGUGUUGAUACUUCCUUUACGAAGAUAUCUAGAACAAUAAGCUGCCCUCAAUCGAUCUACUGCGCUUUCCCAGGCAUCACUGGGCAUUGCACCAUGGACCGAGGGCGGCAGCCGGACCUCAGCUCGUGGGGGAAGCCAGUACUGACAGGUUAUACAGUCUCCUCAAUAAACAGAUGAAAGCCCAACGGUUUCAAAUAAGGAGAAGCGUCCAGAGGAGUGGACUAAAAACGGGAGCCCCCUCAGGAAACAAAAUGAGGAAGGAGAAGUGGGAGCACGCCGAUGCGAGGUAGAAAUCUUCAUGAGUCAGGAUAAAGCAAAGAAAGAGCAAAACGAAGCCGGAAACAGAUGUGACAUACCCACUCCCUGCGAACAAAGCUUCCAUAACAGCCCAGCGGCCUGGUCCAUCAGGGCAGCCUGGGAGCAGAGCAGCAUUACAAUGGAAAUCCUUAAAUUAGACGCACCACAGAGACUGGGGCCAUGCAGCGAAUAUGGGGAAAGCAUUGAUCAGAUGGUAGAUCUGACAGCCCACUGGAGAGCCCAGCAUGGCAAGGGUGAUGGAGAUGAGAAAAGCUUCAGCACCAUGGGGAGCCACGUAGGUACCACACAGCCGGGAGAGAGAGCACAUGAGUAUGCCAAAUGUGGGAAACGCUUUGUUAAGAAGGGGAAUCUCACAGCCCAUCGGAGACCUCACAGGAGACAGGGCCCUGAGGUACCCAAUGGGUGUGAGGGAAAUACAACAGCAACAGGAGAUCUCACAGCCCAUCGGAGACCUCUCAGGAGACAAGGCUCACAGGAACCCAACAGGUGUGAGAGAGAUCUGACAGGAGAUCUCAUAAGACACAAGACAAGCACCGCAGAAGCGGAACCAUCCCCCAGCCUGGAAGUCGAGGAAAGCCACCAGGGAGCACUCUCCGCCCCAAGGGGAGGCCUGAGGAGAAAGCGGACUCACACGUGCUCUGAAUGUGGGAAGAAGUUCAGCAAGAAAGGCAACCUCACCAAGCAUCAGCGCACCCACCGGGACGAGCGGCCAUUCAAGUGUGGCCAAUGCCAGAAGUGCUUCUUCGUGAGGUCCCAGCUUGUCCAGCACGAGAGGAUCCACACAGGGGAGCGGCCGUACAAGUGCGCCGAGUGCGGCAAAUGCUUCACCCAGAAGUCCAACAUCAUCAUUCACCAGAGGAUCCACACAGGGGAGCGGCCCUUUAAAUGCGCUGACUGCGGGAAGAGCUUCAUCGACAAGUCGCAGCUCAUCACACACCGCCGGACCCACACGGGGGAGCGGCCCUUCACAUGCAGCGAGUGCGGGAAGGGGUUCCGGCAGAAGAUCACCCUGAUCACGCACCAGAGAAUCCACACAAGGGAGGAGCCCUACACCUGUCCUCAGUGCAGCAAGAGCUUCAGUCAGAAGGCCAACCUCAUGAGGCACCAGCUGAUCCACACGCGGGAGGGGCCGUACAUAUGCACGGAGUGCGGAGAAAGCUACAGUGCCAUCGGGCACCUGAAGAGGCACCAGCUGAUCCAUGCCGGGGAAAGGUCCCACGUCUGCACCAAAUGCGGGAAGAACUUCACCCGCAAAUCAAGCCUCAAAAGGCACCAAGAGAUCCAUGCCAACGACAGGCCGUAUGUGGUGGUGGCAGCAGAAAACCUCACCGUGGUCUAUGAGAUAAUGCAGGUCCCGCUCUAGCACUAGGGGUGGGGUGGGGGAUGUUGAAUUGCAAUGCAGAUUUCCUGUGUCACCUGUAGGAGGUGCCCAGAAGCUCCCCUGGGGCUGCUCUCUCUCUCCAGCUUCCAUGGAGUCUAAAAUACCUGAAAAUCCAGCAGAGGACAAAGAGCAUGGGCUGGGUCCUUGCCGCUGUUUUAAUUUGUUUUUGCUUGCACGGUAAUAAAAUCUAAUAGGACCUCAA